CAAUAUGGUUCACUGGCUUAUCCGAGGAAGACUGAAAUUUGGCAUUUCAUCAGCGGCCCUGCCCAUCUUUCGUCAAAAAAUGUCUAGUCCAAAGAUGAAGUUGUCGGAAGAAGAAAGGAAAACGAAAUUGGACCCAUUGUUAUCUUCGGGUUGGACUUUGGUCAGUGGGAGAGAUGCCAUUUAUAAGGAAUUUAUUUUCAAAAACUUUAAUGAAGCAUUCGGAUUUAUGACACGAAUUGCUAUGCAAGCAGAAAAAAUGGAUCAUCACCCUGAAUGGUUUAAUGUCUACAACAAAGUUCAGAUUACAUUGAGUAGCCAUGAUGUUAGUGGAUUAUCUGAUAGAGAUACUCGUCUUGCAAAUUUUAUUGAGAAGGCAUCGGAAUUUGUAAAACCAAAAUGAAUGAUGUUUUGCCACUGUUGAAUUAUAUGGCAUAAAUGUACUAUAUUGAUGUUAUUCGUCAGUUGAUGUGCCUUUUUUUUAAAAUUAAAUGGAUCCCGUUCUUUUAAGUGAAAAGAAACGGAAAUGAAGGCAUCAUAUUGACAUAAACGUUCCGUGACAUAAACUUGACGUGAAAUAUUAGUUACUCAAUUCAGUCAUGAUGUUUUGACAAAGUGAAUUUAAACAAAAACAUUUUUUUUUUGAACAUAAUGAAGUUUUUAUUUAUUCACUAAGCAAAGGUAUCUUUUCAAAAGCAUAAUUCAGGUGUUGAAAGAAAAAAAAAGGUUAAUUGUGCGAUCACUGCUGAUAGCAUAUCAGAGAGACGGAAUAGGAAAUGAGCUUGAAAGAUUAAUAACUAGUUUUAGAGAAAAAAAAAUUCAAAAAAGGAAAUACUUUUUAUGCUAAAUAAGGUCUAAAAACUGAAAUUAUUUUAAGGAAUCAGUAAACCUUCAAAAAGUUUGUUGGAAACUACAGUUGAUACAGAAAAGAAUAAUAAGGUACUAAACAAAUUUGUAGUAGUCGACACUUCCAUUCUACUUGUAUUAAGCUAUUUGUAGUUUUUUCUUAAAACUCAAAGAAAUUAAAGAGCUUAACAUUACAAAAAAAAAAAAAAAAUCAAAAC